AUGGAUGGUACGAUAAAAAGUGAUGAUGAAUCAUGUAUUAGUGUUAAAAGUGCUAUACCAAUAUAUAUUACAUAUCUUUUAUCUUUAUGUGAACAUGGUGAUCUACAUUUACGUGGUGCAUGUGCAAGUUUACUUGCUACAUUAAUUCAAACAACAAUUCAUCUUUUAUUAAACAAUGUUCACUUGUAUCAACUGAUUCACAAGACAGUUCAAGGAAUUAAAUUAUUAGAAGAUUCUAUUCAACAUACUACAAGUUCCUGUAUUCUUGCUGAAUUUGCUCUAGCUCAACUUAUGGAUGAUAUUGAUUUUCGAAUAUUAACUUAUCUUGAACAACAAUUAAAACAACAGUACCCUGAUAUACGUGUUCGUCAAGCAAUUGCUUCGACUUUUGUUAAUCUUAGAAAAUAUAUUAAUACAAAUGAAAGUGAUUUUCAAGCUGCUGUACUCGAUUUACUUGUUCAAUUACUUUUAAUUCGUCAUUUUAUUUAUUGUAUUGCUGAAUUUCUUGUUAUGUUAUCACAUGAUACACUUCAUUCAAAACAAGUUAUUAAAAUACAAGAUUUAAUAAAACAUUAUGAUUCAUUAUUCGCAAGUGGACAUGAACCUGAAACACAUGUUGGAAGUCAUUUAUUCGUUUCUGAAGGAAUACAUUUAUAUGAAAGUGGUCUUAUCUUAGUUUUAUUAAUUGAACAAUUUCUUCCAUUACCAUUAAAUAAACAAUUAUUACCUAAAUAUAUACCAUAA